AUGCCCUCCAUGUUUGAACGUUUCGACAGGGAUUUGGUCAAAGAGAUUGGAAACAAAGAUCUGAGGCCUGUCAAAUACCUGUGCAAUGCUGCUAAAUUACGUCAGCUCGUUGUAUUACGGAAGAAGAAGAGCUCUUGCUCAUUGUUUUGGGAACAGACUGACUACAUUCCAGUUGGAUUCUCCCUCAGUGACAUCCUGGAGCCAAGUUCUUCAGUCCCAGAAACCGUUGUGAUGGGACCAUUCUUCUUUGAUGGCAGCAGGGUCCAGAAGUACCAGGCUCGUGUGGAUAUGAACAUGGGUGUAGGCAUGAACGUGUCAGGGGAGGCCUCUGAGGCCCAUAAAUCCUCCCUUGGGUUUCAGAUUGUUACUGUUCCAGCCCCAAACCUGGAAAAACUUCAAAACAGGAAACUGUUGGUGCCGGAACCGUCAUUUCUGAAGGAGUGGAUGAGAGAGGGCAAUCUGUAUGUGGUGACGGAGGUUGUUGAACUGAUCGAUGAUACCACACUGUAUGGCAGCAAUAGUACGAGCAAUUUGGGGAAAGUUUCCUUUUGGACUCCUUACGUCAAGGGUCAAGGCCAAGGAGAGAGUCUCAACGUGAAGAGUAAGAUGCUGACCCUGCAGAGGGGCCGGGCGGUGGGUUAGAGCAUGAAGCAGCUGAUUAUCAAGGAGACAGCCGUGUUUCUCGUCUCAGGUGAUGGUGAGCAGGAAACCUUCCAAGAUGAUUUCAAGUGUCUGCAAGAGGAGGUUUCCCGAGAAUCGGAGGCACUGGCCCAGCUCUCCGAGGACGUUCGAGACAUCGUGUUCCAGAGUGUCCAGGCCAUGCUCGGAGACCGAGGGGCUCUGCAGGACCUGAUGGACACGGUGAGGGUCCCACAGCUGCCCAGGCCUGAUCCAAGCUAUCAUCUGGACAGCCCCGGCGGCACCAUGCUCAGCGAGCCAGGAGAGACCUCAGGCCCUCUGCGGCUCGAGCUGAGUCCGGCCUCUGUCACCUUCCUGAAGCCACAACCUCAGAGUCCCAUCCUCCAGACCGUGUCGUUCCGGCUCCUGGAGGCCAUCCAGGGAAAGCACACCUCAGAAGGCUCAGCCUCCUUGUGA